AUGGAGGAGCACAGCGCUCCCAGCGAGGUGCCAGCAGCCCUGAAGCGCCUGGCCAAGUGCACGGCGCGGGGUUUCUAUGGCGUGGAGUGCUCGCUGGCCCUGGACGUGCUGAUCCGCUACCCCUGUGUGAGGGAGGAGGAGCUGCUCCAGCUGCUCAGGUACGAGCGCAAGCAGCUGCGCACGGCCCUCAACGCGCUCAGGGCGGACAAGCUGCUGAAGCUGCGGGUGCGAGCGGAAACGGGGCCCAACGGCAAGAGCACCAGGCACAACUACUACUACAUCAACUACAAGGUGCUGGUGGAUGUGGUGAAAUACAAACUGGAUCAUGUACGCCGCAAAAUAGAAGCAGAAGAGCGGGAUUCAACGACCAGACCCUCUUUUAAAUGUCCAUCUUGCUCUAGCACGUACACAGACCUUGAAGUCAAUCAGCUCUUUGAUGCAUUUACAGAGACUUUUCGCUGCACUUACUGCAAUGCGGAGGUAGAGGAAGAUGGCUCGGCGGUUCCGAAGCACGACGCCCGAACGCUGCUGGCCAAGUUCAACGAGCAGAUGGAGCCUCUCUUUGUGCUGCUGCGUGAGACCGAGGAGAUUGUGCUGCCCUAUCACUUGCUGGAGCCCCAGCCAACAGAAAUACCAGAAUUAUCAGAAAGCUUUGAUCCAAAGCUGGGCUCAAGUGUGCUGGAAUCCUGCAGCCGCCCUGAAAAAUGGGCACACAGAAGUUCUGCUUUUGGCCUUGCAUACACCCAAAAUUUAACUAUUGAUGUCCAAGACUCAAAGCAAGAGAAGAAAAGAAGAGAAAAAGCAACUCAAAAGCAACCUAUCUGGUUGUCACAGAGCACUGUGGAAGGAGCAGCAACAGCCACCAUCAAUAGUGUUGGAGUAAAUGCUUCUGAAGAAACUGAAGAAAAUGUUAAAGAAACUGUCCUUGAUAAUGAAAUCAUCAAGAGUCUUCUGAUCCAUGAAUCCAAGCCAUCAUCUAGCACAGACCAGGCUCCUAUUGUCAAAAGCAAACUGCAUGGAUCACACAGUGAUAGCAGUGGGUUUGAAGAGGAUGCCAAGCACACAAGAGGAGCAGGAAUGAAAGCAGCAGGCAGCAACUUCGAACAAGAGGAGGAACAGGAAACUCUGGAUCCUAUUUUAAUGGUAGCUGGCCAGCCCUACUCAUAUGGCCAAGUUAGUGAAAAUCCAGAGCUUGUGUCUCUCAUGACAAAUGAAGAGAGAGACACUUACAUAAAAAUAGGACAGGAAAUGUUCCAGUCUGUCUUUGAGUAA